GAUCUUUCUCCCCAGCGAGGCGUCCAUACUGUUGUCCUCGGCAGUGACAUGACUCCCUUCGGCAGGGUGGACGCCUUCAUCACCUCAAGACUACUCAACAGGGGACAGGAGCAGCAGAGGCGGUAUUUUAACAGAAUCAGGGUGAGCUGCCCUGUUGGAUGCUGGUCCGGGGAUGCUGCUGGCUCGGUAUUCUCAGACGCUUCCAUCUCUCACAUCAACUAUUCCCGAAGCCCGAAAAGGAGAUUAAUCGGGUUUUCAAGAGGGUUUUUUCACAUUCAUGGUACUGAAGAAAGGUUACACUACCACCAAGGCCAUUAAACUACCCCUGGAAAUGCCCAAAACGCCUACGAAAGCCUCGUCAAAUGUGUGCUUGGGCCUUGCUUACCCACAUAAUACCAUUUUAUAAUCAUGGCAGGUUUACCAUUAGUCCUGAAGACCUUGUCGUCAUGCCUGGCUGUGGUGAAGGAGCUGACUGUUGCCUGUAGUAAGUGGUCAUGGGGAGCUUUUAAAGUGCCUGCAUGGAGUACAGGCUGGGCUGUCACGGUGCUCCACACAGGCUGAGCACCACCUGGCGGAGGGGGAGUGGCGCCAGGUGGGGCGCCUGGCCAGCCUGCCCAUCGUGCACCACCCGGGCUAUGUGUGUCCGCUGCCGCCCAACCACCGAUUCAAGAUGAUGAAGUUUCACUAUUUAUACGAGAUUCUUUUAGGCGACGGCGUCAUAAAGAAAGAUAAGCAGGUGAUACAGCCGGAGCAAGUGAGCCGAGAACUGGCCUCGGCUGUACACUGUCCGCUGUACGUGGACAAAUUCUUCGAUGGAAAAACAUCCGAGACAGAGCAGCGAGCGACAGGCUUUCAGUGGACGCCGGGACUGGCCAGCCGAGUGCGCUAUGAGACAGGUGGGACUGUUCUGGCAGCCAAACUGAGUCUCGAGUUUGGCCUGGCGUGUAGCACUGGGGGCGGCACGCACCACGCCUUCCCGGACCGAGGCUCGGGCUACUGCCUCAUCAACGACCUGGCAGUGACGGCUAAACACCUUGUACAGUCUGGCUUGGCUGAGAAGGUUCUUAUAGUGGACCUGGAUGUACACCAGGGAGAUGGAACAGCGUUUAUAUUUGAAAACCAUCCCGACGUUUACACACUCUCCUUCCACUGCCAAAACAACUUCCCACUUCGCAAGCAGAAGAGCGACCUUGACGUGGGCCUGGCAGUGGGCACGGGCGACAAGGACUACCUCAACACCCUCGCUGAGUACUUACCAAGUGUCUUAGACAAGAUCCAUCCUGAUGUUAUCCUGUAUGAUGCCGGAGUUGACCCUCACGAGAAGGAUGAACUGGGCAAAUUAAAACUAAGUGAUAACGGCCUGUAUCUGCGGGACACCUACGUGCUGCGGGAAGCCGUGUGCCGUGGCAUCCCGGUGGCUACCGUUAUCGGCGGCGGCUACGACGAGAUAAUGAGACUCUCGGCGAGACACACCAUCAUCCACCGGGUGGCCCAGCAGAUGUGGAACACAUACCUUUGACAUGUUAAUAUGUCUUUUAGUAUUCAUUCCCCAGCAUCAGCAGGUAUAUGGAUGAAGGAAAGGUCAGCUUGCUGCUCAGCACAGCACAAAAUGGUUCUAUGGAGUACUCAAGUCUGGUAUGUGUAAAUCAGGCAAACUCAACAUCCACAUUAACUUACGCAAUUCACAUAUAAAUGCAAAUAUGAAAGGUACUUUACAUAAUUGUCAGGGUAUAUAUUCAGUUUGGCCAAUUUACAUGCAAGAGGAAAGCCGAAUAAGCCGCUUCAAGGAGUUGCUGCGGUGCGCUGAGCAGCAAGGCGACGCUCCACUUCCCUGAGGGACUUUGUGACGCUUGUGAGUAAAAUAAAAAAGGACAAACAUAUAAUUUUAUUUCAAUCACAUUUUUUGUGUAUAAAAGUGAUUAAAACUUCUUUAACAAAUAAUUAAACUGAGAGAAUAGCAAAAAGUGUUGCUUCUACUUGUGUACUGCUACAAAGCUGUUAUGGUGAUGAGAGUAACAAGUUUACAAGGAUAAAGGUACUGUAAUUAAAGCUCCUAAACUUUUUUAGUGAUGUCUAAACCUAAAGAAUGGCAAAAAAUAUUAUCCAAUUGUAUUAGUGCCAUGAGGCCCGUUGUGGCAAUGAAAGACUUCCUUCACCAGCGUAGCCAAGCCUCCCUUCCUUCAUGUGCUGAUUGACACAGCUUGAAGGGGAGUCACACAGCAAGAGACAUAGUGACUGGCCAGUGAUGGGAGUCCUGCCACAGCCUUACUGCUACACCACUACUCAGACACAAGCACUUGACUUCAGUCCCAGCCAACCUCUUCAGGAAAUUUUUUGUAUUGCUAUGUAUAGUACCCUAUUUUGCUGAAAGCUCAGAACUAAAUGUAGCCAAAACCUAUCUAU